AGAUCUUAAAGUCUAGCUACUCACAACAAACAGGGCGCAAUUCAAUCAAAUCGAUCUAGCUAGCUACUUUUGUAUACAAAGCGACAUUAAUUAGUCUCUCGAUCGAGAUGGCUAUGGUUAAGGCAUUGGUGAAUGACAGAUCGGUGGUCAUAUUCAGCAACACCUCUUGCUGCAUGUGCUACACCAUAAUGAAGCUAAUAAGCAGCUUUGGGGCAAAUCCUACGGUUUAUGAGCUAGAUGAGCAUCCGGACGGGAAGCAGAUAGAGAAAGAACUCAGAGGACUAGGGUGCAAGCCGAGUGUCCCGGCUGUAUUCAUUGGAGAGGAGCUGAUUGGUGGGGCUAAUGAAAUCAUGAGCCUUCAUCUCAAGGGGGAGCUGGUACCGCUCCUCCUCAAGGCUAACGCUAUAUGGGUUUAGUCGAGCAAAUUCAGUUCCUACGUACGAUUUUAUAGAUGAGCCGGCCUUGUUAACAUUGCUAAAAAAUACUCUAUAUAUAUAGCAUUUUCAUGUGUAAUUUCACUAACUAUUUAUAAAAGAAAUUAAAUGGGAGAUUGUCGGAUUGAUAAUAUACUAUGCUUGCAAAAGUUACAAUAAUAAACUGUCCUUUGUGUCA